UACCGCCGUCACGCGGUGUGUUUUAAUUUUUUGAAGUAUUUAAAGCCAGUUUUAUCCAGUUUUUAGUAUGUUACUUUUAAUAUUGACCGUUUUUUUCUGUUGUGGUCUGUGUGAUAGUGAGGACGGUGAUCUUGGUUACAGUUUGAAUAUUGGAAAUUCAAUUGAUGUUUUCGCAAAUUAUGGAGACCUAUCACAAGUAAUGCAAGUGCUAUCUGCUGACUAUGAAGAAGAGAGUUACGAACCCAUGGAGCCGUUUCGAGAGAAGAACAUAAGAGUCUUCGAAAAUGUCCGCAGUGGGGCCACCCCAGGGGACACUAUGGUGGACAUGAAUAUACAAUUAUGUGAGACACUCGAAGAUCUGCUUCAGGCGUACUUCCAGAACUUCACAAUUGAAGGUACAGACAUGCCACCUAAAGCCUUCCUCGGUGAUUGGAUGGAGAACGAAAUAAUGCGAGCGUUUGGUAUCGAAUACGAUAUGAGACCAGACAAUUGCUGUUAUGUGCUCGUAAAACUGUCUAAAGUUAAGACAUCCGUGAAAAUUAGUGACCUCAAUGACGCAAGAGUUAAAGGCUACGUUCAGAAGGCGAUUGACCACUUGAAUAUCAGCGAUUCUACGGAGAUAAGACGAUUCAUGAAGAGCUAUGGAACGCAUUACAUUGAUUCGUAUGUUACUGGCAAUUGUAUUUACCAAGUAUUCAAGUACAAGAGAACUGGCUACAAUUUACUAAAAUCGUAUAUAAAGUAUCGGGAGCGACGAAGAUCGAACUCAGAUAGUUUGAGAUUUUAUUUUUCCUCAUACUUUUUGAAGCAAGUCGGUGACAUUAAAAUAGCGAGUGGCAACAAAACAGUAGAAACCUGGGCAAGAAACAACCUCAAAGACAGCCAAUACCUAUUUUCCAGACCUAGCUUAUUACGCCUUCAUUAUAACCCAAUAUUAGCGUCUCAAUUAGAUGGCAUGUUAGAUAAUGGAGCUCUUUUAAGCCUUAACCUAAAAACAUUAAAACCUCUCUUCAAAGAUAGGUAUAAAGCUCAAAAAUUUACUGAAAUUGUUGAAAACGAUAUGAGAUUAUGGGAGGUGAAUACGUGAAGACGAAACAUUAUUAGGUAGAUAAUUAAUAGUAAAUAGCCUCAAUUGUCUUCCACUUUUAAGAAAGUAUUUGUAACAGACGUUCCCAAAAGCGAUGGUGGUUCUCAAUUAGCUCAAGUAUAUAU